UUUUACACUGAAGCUAUUCAGUUGCUGUGACCGACUGUAAAGGGUUUAAUCAGGGCAGGAAACGGGUCUGUCCCGGGUCUCAAGAGGAUUCUGUCCACCAACCGAAGGACAGUUUCCUGGUGCAGUGCUGCCAAACCUCCUGCAGAGGGCAGUAUUGGUCGACUGGUUUUGGUACAUGCAAUGAAGGAGAGUGAAUGAAGGCAGCAGCAUGGAUCAGUGUGAGGACGAGAGAGUUCCUCUGCCCCGGGAACAGAAGAGAGACCGCCUAAACCCGGACCAGGACCAGGACCAGAACCAGGACCUGGACCAGGACCAGGACGAGAGAGUUCCUCUGCUCGGGGAACAGAAGAGACGACGAAAAGCUCAGGGAGCAGAACUCCGGCCUACCGAAGGUUCUUCUGGACCUGGACCUGAAUCCAGCGGAGAGUCCUGCUGUUCCAUCUCAGCAUGCGUGUCCUGGUGCUGCACUGUCUGCAAGAGAGCCGACUCUCCAGAAUCUGAACCUGUAUCUGCACCAGAACCAGGACCAGGACCAGGACCAGGACCAGGACCUGGACCAGAACCAGAACUGGAAGCUGAACCUGAAAGAAGACCUGGAACUGAACCUGCACCAGGAUCCAAAUUAGAGCCUGAAUCUGAACCAGGACCUGAAUCAGGAACUGAACCAGAGUCUGAAUCUGAAUUGCAAUCAGAAUCUGAAUCUGAACCGGUACCUGAACCAAGACCUGAGCAAGAAGUUGAACAUGAACCAGAAACUGAACCAGAAGUUGAACCUGAACCAGAAACUGAAUCUGAACCAGAACCUGAACCAGGAGCUGAACCUGAACCAGAAACUGAACCUGGACCCGAGUUUGAGCCUGGAUCUGCUCCUGAUCCCAACCCUGAUCAACAUCCUUCCUCUGAUUACAACAAGAGAGCCGAGUCUCCAGAAUCUGAACCUGUAUCUGCACCAGAACCAGGACCAGGACCAGGACCUGGACCAGGACCUGCACCUGCACCUGCACCUGGACCUGGACCAGGACCAGGACCAGAAACUGAACCAGGACCUGGACCAGGACCAGAACCAGGACCUGGACCUGGACCAGGACCAGGACCAGGACCAGGACCUGGACCAGGACCAGGACCAGGACCUGGACCUGGACCUGGACCUGCACCUGCACCUGCACCUGCACCUGCACCUGCACCUGCACCUGCACCUGGACCUGGACCUGGACCAGGACCAGGACCAGGACCAGAAACUGAACCAGGACCUGGACCAGGACCAGGACCAGGACCAGGACCAGAACCAGGACGUGGACCAGGACCAGGACCUGGACCUGGACCUGCACCUGCACCUGCACCUGCACCUGCACCUGCACCUGCACCUGGACCUGGACCUGGACCAGGACCAGGACCAGGACCAGGACCAGGACCAGGACCAAAACCAGAACCAGGACCAGGACCAGGACCUGGACCUGGACCCGAGUUUGAGCCUUGGUCUGCUCCUGAUCCCAACCCUGAACAAUGUCCUUACUCUGAUUACAACAUUCAGCUUCAAACACGUGACGAUGUGACGUCUGAUUACCAGAAUGACUUCAGGGAAGUGAUGACCUCCGGGAGUGACGACUAUAUUGAGGUAAAGAGGUGGUUGAAGGGCACUUUGGAGAAUUUGGACUCCAGGGGGCUGAAGGAAUUCCAGUGGUACCUGGUGAAUGCAGAUGAAUCAAAGGAUGGUUUCAACCCGAUCCCACUGUGUCGUCUGGAGCAUGCGAACAGAUUGGACACAGUAAAUCUGAUGAUGCAGAAAUUCUCCUCAAAGACCAGAGAGGUGGCCGAGACGGUUUUAAAGAAGUUACAAAGUAAUAAAGCAGAAAAAUCCUUGCCGGAACUUGUUUUCCAGGACGAUCCAGUCUUUCCAGCUGGUGCACCAGAGAGAACUGUCAGGAUGAUGAGUGACUUUGUUAAGAAAGUGUCUAUACAAACCCUGACGGAGCUCUUGGAGGCCCUCUUAACUGACGGUGUCUUGGAUGAGCGGGACAAGAAGUCGAUACUGGAGGAGAACCACACCAGAUUAAAUAAGGCCAGCUGCCUUGUCGACAUUGUGAUGCAAAAGGAUGAGGAAGUCUGCAAUAAGAUGAUCAAUCAUCUUCAAACCAUAAAUCCCUCACUUUCCUCUGAGCUGGAUGUGUCCGGCGGUCCAUCUGCUGCAGGACUUGAACCCAAACCAAAACCUAAAUCUGAAGCAGGACCUGGACUGAGAUCUGCUCCUGAUCCCAACCCUGAACAACGUCCUUUCUCUGAUCACAACAUUCAGCCUCAAACACAUGACGAUGUGACGUCUGAGGACCAGGAUGACUCCAGGGAAGUCAUGACCUCCGGGAGUGACGACUAUAUUGAGGUAAAGAGGUGGUUGAAGGGCACUUUGGAGAAUUUGGACUCCAGGGGGCUGAAGUUAUUCCAGUGGUACCUGGUGAAUGCAGAUGAAUCAAAGGAUGGUUUCAAACCGAUCCCACUGUGUCGUCUGGAGCAUGCGGACAGAUUGGACACAGUAGAUCUGAUGAGUGAAAGAUUCUCCUCAAAGACCAGAGAGGUGGCCGAGAUGGUUUUAAAGAAGUUACAAAGUGAUAAAGAAAAACAUGUUAUCCAGGACGAUCCAGUCUCUCCAGCUGGUGCAACAGAGAGAAAUGUCAGGAUGUUGAGUGACUUUGUUAAGAAAGUGUCUAAAGAAACCCUGACGGAGCUCUUGGAGGCCCUCGUAACUGACGGUGUCUUGGAUGACCGGGACAAGAAGUCGAUACUGGAGGAGAACCACACCAGAGUAAAUAAGGCCAGCGGCCUUGUCUACAUUGUGAAUGAAAAGGGAAGGGAAGUCUGCAAUAAGAUGAUCAAUCAUCUUCAAACCAUAAAUCCUUCACUUUCCUCUGAGCUGGAUGUGUCCGCCGGUCCAUCUGCCGCAGCAGAUGCCGGUCUGCAGCAGGUCCGAGAUGAACAUAAGACCAGUCUGAGGAGCAGAUGUGAACAUGUGACUGAAGGAACUGAUGAAACAGGAAGUAGAACCCUCCUCAACAGGAUCUACACGGAGCUCUUCAUCACAGAGGGACUGAGUGAAGAGGUUGAUACCCAACAUGAGGUGAUGCAGCUGGAGACAGCUUCCAGGAUGAAGAGCCUCCGUGACGCUCCAAUCAGGUGCCAGGACAUCUUUAAAGCCUUACCUGACCAACGUGGAGCCAUCAGAGUGGUUCUGACCAACGGCGUCGCUGGCGCUGGGAAAACCUUCUCGGUUCAGAAGUUCUCUCUGGACUGGGCCGAGGGCUGGGAGAACCAAGACGUCACCGUGGUGAUUCUGCUCUCGUUCAGGGAGCUGCACCUGAUCGGAGAUGAGCAGCUCAGUCUUCUCAGGCUGAUCCAGGUUUUCCAUCCAUCGUUGCAGAAGCUCACAGCAGAGCAGCUGGCUGCCGGGAAACCGUUGUUCAUCUUUGACGGCCUGGAUGAAAGCAGACGUUCCCUGGACUUCAACAACGGUCCGGUCGUGUCUGACGUCACACAGAGCUCAUCGGUCAACGUGCUGCUGACCAACCUCAUCCAGGGGAACCUGCUUCCCUCAGCUCUCAUCUGGAUCACUUCCACACCUGCAGCAGCCAAUCAGAUCCCUCACAAACACGUGGACAGGCUGACAGAAGUACGAGGCUUUACCGACGGCCAGAAGGAGGAAUACUUCAGGAGGAGGUUCAGGGAUGAAGAGCGGUCCAGCAGCAUCGUCUCCCACAUGAAGACAUCCAGAACCCUCCACAUCAUGUGUCAACUCCCGGUCUUCUGCUGGAUCACUGCUACAGUUCUGGACCACAUGUUGACCACAGAGCAGAGAGGAGAGCUGCCCAAGACCCUGACUGACAUGUUCUCCCACUUCCUGCUGGUCCAGACCAAGAGGAAGAAGAACAAGUACCAGGAGGGACGUGAGACGAGUCCACAGGAGCUGACGGAGGCUGACAGGGACCUUCUCCUGAAGCUGGGGAGGCUGGCGUUUGAACAUCUGGAGAAAGGAAACAUCAUGUUCUACCAAGAAGACCUGGAGCAGUGUGGUCUUGAUGUCCCAGAGGCCUCGGUGUACUCAGGAGUUUGUACCCACAUCUUCAGGAGAGAGUGUGAGAUCUUCCAGAAACCCGUCUACUGCUUUGUUCAUCUGAGCAUCCAGGAGUUCCUGGCUGCAGUCUACCUGCUCCACUGUUGGUCCACCAGGAACACAGAUGUGCUGGAGAACUUCCUGGGAGAAGACUACGGAGACUCAUCUCGGGAUGACUUCCUGAAGAGAGUCAUGCAUAAAUCCCUGAAGAGUAAAAAUGGCCACCUGGACCUGUUUGUCCGCUUCCUUCAUGGUCUUUGUGUGGAGUCCAACCAGAGACUGUUAGGAGGUCUGCUGAACCAGACGGAGAACGAUCCAGAAACCAUCCAGAGAGUCAUCAACAACCUGAAGGAGAUGAACACUUAUGAAGACUCUCCUGACAGAAGCAUCAACAUCUUCCAGUGUCUGAUGGAGAUGAACGACCUCUCAGUUCAUCAGCAGAUCCAAGAGUUCCUGAAGUCAGAGAACAGAUCAGAGCAGGAACUCUCUGAGAUCCAGUGUUCAGGUCUGGCCUACACGCUGCAGAUGUCGGAGGAGGUUCUGGAUGAGUUGGACCUGAGCAAGUACAACACAACACCAGAGGGUCGACGGAGACUGAUUCCAGCUGUGAGGAACUGCAGAAAGGCUCGAUUUGUUUUUUGUGGACUCUCAGCGAUUCACUGUGAAGUUGUUGCAUCCGCUCUGAAGUCCAACCCCUCCCAUCUGACACAACUGGACCUGAGUAAGAACCAGAACCUGAAGGAUUCAGGAGUGAAGGUUCUGUCUGGUGGACUGGAGAGUCCAAACUGUAGACUGGAGACUCUGAGGUUGGAGAGCUGCGGUCUGUCAGAGAUCAGCUGUUCUUCUCUGGUCUCAGCUCUGAAGUCCAACCCCUCCCAUCUGAAACAUCUGGACCUGGGUAACAACGGCCUGCAGGCUGCAGAUGUGGAGCAGCUGUCUGAUCUGGUGCAGAGUCCAGACUACCAGCUGCAGACUCUCAGCUGGGACACCUAGGAGCGAACAGGACGGUGUUUGUGGUGAGAGGAUGAGACGUGUCCUGAUCGUCCUCAGAGUUUGAAGCAGAACCAGUUUGUGAGGACAAACUCUGACUGGGCGGUGAUGAUGAAGAUGAAGAUGAUGAUGAUGAUUAAGUCUUUAUUGUUAUUAUAUUAUUGUUAAACAAACUGUACAUCAAAACGUAGCCUUUAAUUUGAACUUGAGUUUCUUUCCACAUUGCUCCUCAAGUACUUUGUCUAAAGUCUGGAUGAGUUCUAGUACGGAGGUUCCUCCUACUAAUGUACUGAUGGAUAAAUGUCUGCGCUGCCGCGGCGGAGCUGCUCAGCAAAGCAGCCGUCUCCUCCACCGAGCCACGUGACUCCCCGCUGUUUUCUUUUUAUUUACAUGUUUCCAUUUCCUUCCAAGUUUUCCUUUUGUCGUUGUUGUCGUGUUUUCAGCUUCGUCAGGUUUUUAAAGUUUCUCUCUGCGUCACUGAUGAAGAGACAGAGUGAAGCGAUCUGUGGAAAUAACAGCGUUCGUUCAUGAAACACGAAACACAAAUUAACUUGAUUUGGUCAAUGAAGAGUUUGUUCCAGUAAAUAUUGUAAAUGUUUCCUGGAUAUUACGAUGACUGUUAACACUUCAAAGAAAGUGAAAAUUCUUUAUUAAAUCUUGGAUCUUUUCUCUU